AUGUUUCCUACAGAAACCGAGAUGCAAAGGGUUUGCGACGAGCUGAAACAUAACCGGGACUGGGAAACAGUUACUAAACAAUGGAUACACACUAUGCCAUUCAGGAGGGAUAUAAUUUCCCAAAGCUCUGACAUUGACCUCCAGACAGUCCUUCAGGAGUGGCCGCUUUACAAAUAUUCACGAGCGCCAGAACUGAUUGCCAUGGAUUACAAUUUUAUAAAACCGAAUAAUGGGUUCGACUUCACCAAAUGGGAACAAUUUUUGAAAAUAGCCCUAGAAUUGUUCACAGCGAGGAUCAAGUGCAGCGCUCUUAAAUCAUUCCUCAAUGAAUUCAGGGAGAAUAUUGACGACCUUGACAUAGAUAACGUCAAUAUUGGCUAUGCAACUCUGUUACAUGGAGUGUUGCCUCCAUCAUCGCAGCAAUUCCAUGGUAAAUUGAAAAAAUUCACAAUUGAAGAUACAAGAUCGUCUUUCACUCUGGAAGUGGAAUGUGCAAACCAGAUCGAACCUAUGCUAAAAAUAAAAAGGGAGGAAUGUUUAAAGUCGAAAACAAAACUGCAGCCCUUAAUAAUUGUUGUUGGUGAGAGAUUUCAUUAUAAUAAUUUUUACGUAUCCUUGGACAUCCAAGUUCUACGUAUACAGUACUGGACAAAAUAA